AUGCCCAAGGACGAUCCAGCGCCCGUCUUCCUGCUGGAUGAGAUCCUGGAGCUGGCGCGUUCCUCCCCCGAGCAGGCCCAGGCUGUUGCUGAGUCGAUUGAGCGCAAGCUGGCCAGCAAGUCGCCUAUAGUCAAGUUCAAGGCCCUGCGCAUCAUCAAGCACCUCUGCACCAAGGGCUGCUCCACAUUCCAGCGCUGCAUGCAGAAGCAGUCAGGCGCCGUGCGGGAGCUGGUGCACUGGCGCGGCGAGCCCGACCCCUUCAAGGGCGACGUCCCCAACGCACGCGUCCGCGAGUUUGCCAAGGAGGUCCUGGAGGUGCUCUUCAACGCCAACCCAGUGGCCAGCUCGGCGGCGGCCUCGGGCAGCCUCGCGGCGCAGGGCCGCAUCCAGGGCUUUGGCAGCGACGGCCCCGGCGGCGCCGCGCCGGGGCGCAGCUCUCACAGCAGUGGCUAUGGCGGCGGCGGCGGGGGCGGCGGCGGCGGUGGCAUGGGCGCGCUGGCGGGCGCGGCGGCGUCGCUGGAGGGGCCGCUGGCGGCGGGCGUGGCGACGGUAGCAGGCGCGAUCAAUGACUUUUUGGGCAACUCGGGCGCGCGCACGGGGCUGACGGGCUCGCGUUACGGCAACACCAGCCCCACCCGCAAUGGCGGCGGAGGUGGCGGGUACAACAACGGCGGCGGCGGCUAUGGCGGCUUCGAGCCCAUGGGCGGCUACAACGGCGGUGGCGGCGGGUCCUCCUCGUCGUCUGCGCCGCGCGUGACGCCGUCGCAGGUGUUGGGCAGCGAGGAGAGUGUGGUGGGCGACGUCUGCGCGCCGGGCGGGCUGCGCCCCACACCGGAUGCGGCAGACCUGCGGCGCUUUGUGGGAGCGUCCAGCGCGAUGGACGGCCUCAGGCUGGCGGAGGUGCUGCGCGCCAAGAUGGAGGGCGCCGGCGGCUGGCAGGUCGCGCUGCGCGCGCUGUGCGCGCUGGAGGCUGUGCUGCAGCAGGGCAGCAGCCAGGCGGCGGGCGAGGUGGCGGUGAUGUUCCAGUCGGACCCUGCGCCCCUGCAGGCGCUCGCGACGGCGCCGCAGGCCCUCCCCUACGCCACGGCCGCGCCCGCCGCGGCGGCCCCUGCCGCGGAUCUGCUGUCGCUCGACGACGAGGCGCCCACGCCCGCUGCCGCCGCCGCGGCUGCGCCCGCGUCUGCGCUCGACCUGCUGGGGGACCUGGCCGGCCCGCCCGAGCCUGCGGUGCCCCCUCCGGCUGCUGCUGCAGCGGCGGCCGCGGAUUCCAUGUUCUCAGGCCUGGAGGUGGGCGUUGCACCGGCGGCGCAGCAGACAGCAGCGGCUGUGCAGGACCUGUUUGGCGGUUUGUCGAUGUCGCCGGAGCCCCCCAUGGCGGCAGCAGCGGUGGUGCGUGCAGCCGCGGGCCCGCCUGCCGUGGGCGAGGCUCAGCAUCUCUGA